GUUAUUAAUGAUCCGCGUUACUUUACUGCCGCUGUGCGGUCACAAAACUUUCCACACAGGUUAGUUUAAAGGUUUAAACCCUGAAGCGCAGACCCCGAAGGUGCAGCCGCGUUGUUUCCAGCAGGUGGCGAUGUUACCCCGCACCCAGGAGUCUGCUGCCCGCAGUCUGCAGUUAUAUAACCUCACGAACACGCGUCUGCGCCUCAUUUUAAACUGUGCAUACAUCCACAGCGCUGCCCGCUAUGGAAACAGUGUCACCAGAAGCAGAAAACGCGAUGAGGUGAGCUUUAAAGAAGCGCACGUCACGUGGCCACAGUGCGUAAAUAACGCGGGCAUGGCGCACGGAGUAGUUUUUUUUUUUUUUUUUAUGAAUUAGUUUACGCGGCUGCUUGUGAUGUAGGGAGGAAGGGGGGCGUGCCAGUUUCCGAGAGGGGCCUCUGCUGAUGGGACAGAGCGUUUCAGGCUCUGGGCUGGAUGCAGUUCUCCGGUUGCGCCAUAGCCGGGGAUCCUGGACCGGGGUGUCUGCCGCGACCGACACAGCAGCACAGACCGGAGGGGUCUGCUCUCGCCGUCACCUGUGUGUCUGAUGAACCGCGGGCUCACGCCAUGGCUUCUGCUCCACCCGAGGCGAGGAAGUUCACCCGGGGGCUCAACAAGCCGGGCACCGCCGCAGAGCUGAGGCAGAGCGUCUCCGAGGCCGUCAGGACGUCGGUGCUGAUGGUAAGGACGCACUCUGUUACACCGAGCACGGUAAAACCGAAGAUCAUAGAGCCCCUGGACUACGAGAGCGUUCUCGUGCAGAGGAAGACCCAGAUCCUCAGCGAUGUUUUACGGGACAUGCUGCAGUUCCCCACGGACGACUUCCAGAUCUCAACGCAGCGGCGCCAGGGCCGGACUCUGUUCUCCACCGUGCCAGAGACUGCGGAGAAAGAAGCUCACUCCCUGUUUGUCCAAGAGUGUAUCAAAACCUACAAGUCCGACUGGCAUGUGGUCAGCUACAAGUACGAGGAGUACUCCGGAGACUUCCGCCAGCUCCCAAAUAAAGUGCUGAGACCUGAGAAACUAGCAGCUCACCUGUUUGAGGUGGACGAAGAUGUGGAAAAAGACGAGGACACGGCGUCUCUGGGCUCCCAGAAGGGAGGAGUGUCUAAACAUGGGUGGCUGUACAAAGGCAACAUGAACAGUGCAAUCAGUGUUACGAUGCGGUCCUUCAAGAGGAGGUACUUCCACCUGGCUCAGCUGGGCGAUGGGUCCUACAACCUCAACUUCUACAAGGACGAGAACACCUCCAAGGACCCCAAAGGGACCAUCUUCCUGGACUCGUGCAUGGGGGUCGUUCAGAACGGCAAAGUGCGGCGGUUCGCCUUCGAGCUGAAGAUGCAGGACAAGAGCACGUUCCUGCUGGCGGCGGACAGCGAGGCGGAGAUGGACGAGUGGAUCGGGACCCUGAACAAGAUUCUCCACAGCAGCUUCGAACAGGCCAUGCAGGAGAAGAGGAACGGAGACCUGCACGACGAUGAGGAGCAAGGAAAAACAGACCUUUCCUCUGGAGGGUUUCAAGACACCUUCCAGACUGCGAGAGAUAUUGAAUCUAAAAUGAGGAGUGAAGCUCGCCUCAAGCUGUUCACUCUGGACCCUGACACACAGAAACUGGAUUUUUCCGGCAUCGAGCCGGACGUGCGUCAGUUCGAGGAGAAGUUCGGGAAGAGAGUCCUGGUCAGCUGUCACGACCUGGCCUUCAACCUGCAGGGCUGCGUGGCGGAAAACGAAGAAGGGCCGACGACAAACGUGGAGCCCUUCUACGUGGUCCUGUCCCUCUUCGACGUGCAGAACAGCAGAAAGAUCUCCGCCGACUUCCACGUGGAUCUCAACCACCCUUCGGUCAGACAGAUGACGUCCGGGCACGGCGGAGGGACGGACUCGCAAAUCAACGGCGGCGGCGGCGGCGGCGGCCCCCAGAGGCUGGCAUGCGGGCUCCCAGAGGGGGCUCUGCAGUAUCCCAAACUGGGGGUGUUCUCGGUCACGUGCCCCCAUCCCGAGAUCUUCCUGGUGGCCAGAAUCGAGAAGGUCUUACAGGGCGGGAUCACCCACUGCACUGAGCCCUACAUGAAGAGCUCCGACUCUGCCAAGAUGGCUCAAAAGGUGCUGAAGAAUGCUAAGACGGCUUGUAGCAGGCUGGGACAGUACAGGAUGCCAUUUGCCUGGUCUGCAAGGCCUGUGUUUAAAGAUGCAUCUGGGACUUUGGACAAAAGUGCUCGCUUCUCGUCUCUGUACAGACAGGACAGCAGCAAGCUGUCAGACGAGGACAUGUUCAAACUGCUCACUGACUUCAGAAAACCAGAGAAAAUGGCCAAACUCCCCGUCCUCUUAGGGAACUUGGACGUCACCGUUGACAGCGUGGCACCGGAUGUAACCAACUGCGUCACUUCCUCCUACGUCCCCGUGAGGAACUUUGAAGGAAACGGGCCGGGCAGCGCCCUCCUGGAGGUGGAGGAGUUCGUGCCCUGCAUUGCUAAGUGCUCCCAACCCUUCACCAUCUACAAGAACCACCUCUAUGUCUACCCGAAGCACCUCAAGUACGACGGGCAGAAGUCCUUUGCUAAGGCGAGGAAUAUCGCCGUGUCCAUCGAAUUCAAGGACUCAGACGAGGAUGAAGCUCAACCACUGAAGUGCAUCUACGGCCGCCCAGGAGGGCCUCUGUUCACGAAGCAGGCGUACGCAGCCGUCCUGCACCACCAGCAGAACCCCGAGUUCUACGACGAGAUAAAGAUAGAGCUGCCGACACAGCUGCACGAGAAGCACCACCUCCUCUUCACCUUCUACCACGUCAGCUGCGACAGCAACAGCAAGAAGAAAGACCUGGUGGAGGCUCCAGUCGGUUCGGCGUGGCUGCCUCUCCUACGGGACGGUAGAGUCAUCAUGAACGAGCAGCAGCUGCCCGUGGCGGCCAGUCUACCCGCCGGGUACCUGGGCUCCCACGAUGGCGUCAGCAAGCACUCUGGUUUGGAGAUCAAGUGGGUGGACGGAGGCAAGCCGCUGUUCAAAGUCUCGACUCACCUCGUUUCCACCGUCUACACUCAGGAUCAGCACUUGCACAAUUUCUUCCACCACUGUCAAAGCAUGGAGGUGUCUGAACAAGCCUCAGAGGGGGAGCUGGUGAAAUACCUGAAGAGCCUCCACGCGAUGGAGGGUCACGUGAUGGUCAACUUUCUGCCCACCAUCCUCAACCAGCUGUUCUGCGUCCUGACCAGAGCCACGCAUGAGGACGUGGCCGUCAACGUGACCAGGGUGAUGGUUCACGUGGUGGCGCAGUGUCAUGAAGAAGGACUAGAACAUUACCUGAGGUCUUACAUCAAGUUUGUGUUCAAGCCAGAGACUUACUCCUCCACGAGUGUGAAAAGCGUUCACGAGGAGCUGGCCAAAGCCAUGACGGCCAUAUUGAAGCCCUCCACCGACUUCCUGACCAGCAACAAGCUGCUGAAGUACUCGUGGUACUUCUUUGAAGCUCUGGUGAAAUCAAUGGCUCACUAUCUCAUAGAGAGCGGGAAGGUCAAGCUCACCAGGAACCAGCGUUUUUCCGCGUCCUUCUACCACGCGGUGGAGACUCUGGUCAACAUGCUGAUGCCGCACAUCACCCAGAAGUACAAGGACAACCUGGACGCGGCUCGCAACGCCAACCACAGCCUGGCCGUCUUCAUUAAGCGCUGCUUCACCUUCAUGGACAGAGGCUUCGUGUUUAAGCAGAUCAACAGCUACAUGAACUGCUUCGUGCCUGGAGACUCCAAGACUUUAUAUGAGUUCAAGUUCGAGUUCCUGCGGGUGGUUUGCAACCACGAACACUACGUCCCUCUCAAUCUGCCCAUGCCCUUUGGAAAAGGCAGAAUACAGAGGUAUCAAGACCUCCAGCUGGACUACUCUCUGACCGACGACUUCUGCCGGAACCACUUCCUGGUUGGGCUGCUGCUGAGGGAGGUGGGCGGGGCUCUCCAGGAGUACAGGGAGAUCCGUCAGAUCGCCCUCCACGUGCUCAAGGGGCUGAUGAUCAAGCACACGUUUGACGACCGCUACUCUGCGAAAAGCCAACAAGCCAGACUGGCCACUCUCUACCUCCCUCUGUUCGGCCUGCUUCAGGAGAACGUCUACAGGCUGGACAUCAAGGAGUCGGCUCCUCUCAGCAUCCACAGCAACACGAGGGAGGACUCCCUGGUGCCCAGCUCCAUGGUGACUCCUCAGAAACCCGUGAGCUGCAUCGAAAACGUCCUCCACAAAGACGUGUUUGGGGUCAUCUCCGGAACAGCGUCCCCCCACAGCUCCACUCCCAACAUCAGCUCGGUGAACCACGCCGACUCCAGAGGCUCUCUGGUCUCCACCGACUCCGGGAACAGCCUGCUGGACAAGAACAGCGAGAAGACCAACUCCCUGGAGAAGAACCAGUGUGCGUCGGCUCUGGGCAGCACCGUUCUCCGCUGUGACAAGUUGGACCGGGACGAGAUCAAAAACCUGCUCAUGUGCUUCCUGCACAUCCUCAAGAGCAUGUCGGAGGAGGCUCUGUUUGCUUACUGGAACAAAGCAGCCGCCUUAGAGCUAAUGGACUUCUUUACGUUGAUAGAAGUUUGCCUCCAUCAGUUCAGAUACAUGGGCAAGAGAUUCAUCUCAAGGAGCCAGGAGGGGGCGGGGCCUGUGGCUCCAGACAGGAAGUCUCUGACUCUUCCCGUGUCUCGAAACAGGGCUGGGAUCCUGCACGCACGCCUGCAGCAACUGGGAACUCUGGAGAACGCGCACACCUUCAGCAACAUGUACUCCCACACGGACGCAGACGUGAGCAGCCAGUGCCUCCUGGAGGCCAACGUCUCCACGGAGGUCUGUCUGACGGUGCUGGACACGCUCAGCAUCUUCAUCAUGGGAUUCAAGACCCAGCUGAAUUCAGAUCUGGGUCACAAUCCCCUGAUGAAGAAGGUCUUCCAGGUGCACUUGUGCUUCCUGCAGAUCCCUCAGUCCGAGGCCGCCCUCAAGCAGGUCUUCACCUCACUCAGGACGUUCAUCUACAAGUUCCCUUGCACCUUCUUCGACGGCCGCGCCGACAUGUGCGCCUCCCUGUGCUACGAGAUCCUCAAGUCCUGCAACUCCAAGCUGAGCUCCAUCCGCGGCGACGCCGCCCACCUCCUCUACUUCCUCAUGAAGAGCAACUUCGACUACACGGGCCGCAGGUCCUUCGUGCGGACGCACCUGCAGGUGGUGAUCGCCGUCAGUCAGCUGAUCGCGGACGUCAUCGGCAUCGGGGGCACCCGCUUCCAGCAGUCGCUUUCCAUCAUCAACAACUGUGCCAACAGCGACAAGAGCAUCAAGCACACGGCGUUCCCGUCCGACGUGAAGGACCUGACGAAGCGCAUACGGACGGUGCUCAUGGCCACGGAGCAGAUGAAGGAGCACGAGAACGACCCGGAGAUGCUGGUGGACCUCCAGUACAGCCUGGCCAAGUCCUACACCAGCACCCCCGAGCUCCGCAAGACGUGGCUGGACAGCAUGGCCCGCAUACACAACAAGAACGGAGACCUUUCCGAGGCAGCCAUGUGCUAUGUGCAUGUCGCCGCUCUGGUAGCCGAGUACCUGUGGAGGAAAGGUAUGUUCAGACAGGGCUGCUCCUCUUUCCGCGUCAUCACUCCAAACAUCGACGAGGAGGCGGCCAUGAUGGAGGACGUGGGGAUGCAGGAUGUCCACUUCAACGAGGAGGUGCUGAUGGAGCUGCUGGAGGAGUGCGCCGACGGCCUGUGGAAGGCGGAGCGCUACGAGCUCAUCGCCGACGUCUACAGGCUCAUCAUCCCCAUCUACGAACAGCGCAGAGACUUUGAGAAACUGACGCACCUGUACGACACGCUGCACCGCGCCUACACUAAAGUGAUGGAGGUGAUGCACACCGGCAAGAGACUGCUGGGCACGUACUUCAGGGUGGCCUUCUUCGGACAAGCUGCGGGCUUCUUUGAGGAUGAGGAUGGAAAGGAGUACAUCUACAAGGAGCCCAAGUUCACGCCGCUGUCUGAAAUCUCCCAAAGGCUCCUGAAGCUCUACUCGGACAAAUUUGGCCAAGAGAACGUCAAGAUCAUCCAGGACUCUGGCAAGGUCAACCCCAAGGACCUGGACCUAAAGUACGCCUACAUCCAGGUGACGCACGUGACGCCGUACCUGGACGACAAGGAGCUGGAGGACAGGAAGACCGACUUCGAAAAGAGCCACAACAUCAGGCGCUUCGUGUUCGAGACGCCCUUCACCGUGUCGGGCAAGAAGCAGGGAGGGGUGGAGGAGCAGUGCAAGAGGCGGACGGUUCUCACCACCACCCACUGCUUCCCCUACGUGAAGAAGCGCAUAGCGGUCAUGUACCAGCACCAGACGGACCUGAGCCCCAUCGAGGUGGCCAUAGACGAGAUGAGCGCCAAGGUGGCCGAGCUGCGGCUGCUGUGCUCGGCCUCCGAGGUCGACAUGAUCCGCCUGCAGCUCAAACUGCAAGGAAGCAUCAGCGUCCAGGUAAACGCAGGUCCGCUCGCUUACGCCAGAGCCUUCCUAGACGACAGCAGUGCCAAGAAAUAUCCAGACAACAAGGUCAAACAGCUCAAGGAGGUCUUCAGGCAGUUUGUGGACGCCUGCGGCCAAGCGCUGGGGGUGAACGAGCGGCUCAUCAAAGAAGACCAGCAAGAGUAUCACGAUGAGAUGAAGGCGAACUACAGGGACCUCGCCAGGGAGCUGUCAAACAUCAUGCACGAACAGAUAAACCCAGUGGAAGACGGUACAAGGAGCACUCUGUCCGACUCCAUGGGCAUCUUCAACGCCAUCAGCGGCACACCGACCAACGCCAACAUGCACGCCUCCACCACCAUCCUCUGAUAAGGACAUUUGAAAGAACCUGAAAACAUCAUCAUCUGUUGGGAUUUUUCAUUCAUGUUCGCUCCCUUGUUUCCUAUGGAGACUCCAGUACUGGCUAACACAAGCUCCUUUCCAGAUUUGGAUCCUUUAUCCUUGAGUUGUUUUUUUUUCUAUUCUGUGUAAGAGAUUAGUAUUUGAUAACUCAGCAAGCAUGUAUCCAAGACUGACAACAAGAUGUUAUCUUAUUGCUCGUGGGUCUAAAAGCCCCACCCAGCAGAUUAUGUCCAUAGGUUCAAACCAAACACAAGGACUAGGAAAAGUUAUUUUCACGUGACCAAAGUAUACACCUUAUCUCUUUUACCUGGGGGGCUCCCAGUCAUGUGCAGUGUUUGUAACCAAGUACUUAAAAAUGGGAAUAAAUAAACGCCACUGCUGUAACAAUGCACACGUUCUCUAACUGAUGCACAGUAUUUUUAUAUUUCUUUUUUUUUUUUCUAUAUGAUUUACACAGUGGCCCUAGUUACAGCACGUGCACAUUUUAUCUUUCUACUUCAGAGACGGUUCCUCUUGUAUCCUUGCUUUGACAUCUGAAAGAAUUACGGACUCUAUUUUAGGCCAAUAGACGUGUAUAGUGACUGUCUAAAGCCAAGCGAGCCAAGUUUUAACCUAAUUUCUGAAAGGAAAAUGAAUAAAUAAAUAAAAUAAAUAGGUGCGUGCAAUAUUUUCUAUCGUUUUUCAGAUGCUACCUACUGCACAGAGAGAAAAAAUAAAAAAAAAAAUCUCAGCCAAAGACAGCAGAAAAAAACUGCAGUGCAAGACAAGGGUGUGGCAAUUUGUAAUCUACCCCUUUUUGUUUCUUUUAUUUGUCUGUGAAAAAAAAAAAGAAAAAAAAACAUUUUUACUAUAUGACUGCUCAUGUAAAUAUGUUAAAGGUUUACAAAUAAAAUCUGUGAAAAUA